CCGAGGGGGGCCCGGGGCCUCGAGCCUGGGGGAAGCCUGAGGAGCUCCGUGGGAGACUGAGGUGGGCUCGGGCCGGGAUGUCUGGACCUGUGUGGUGUAUUGGGGGGGCCCAGCCGGGACUCCCCGCACCCCUGUGAGGUGGGGGUGGGCCCGUACCGGGACACCCGAGUCCCUCUGCGGUGCUGGAUCCCUGAGAGGACCGGACCAGGACGUUUGGGUCCCUCUGCGGUAUUGCGGAGCCCGUAGCAGGACUCUCGGCGUCCCUGCUGGCGGAGGAGUCAGUCUGGGACACCUCCCUGAGGUUUGAGGGGACCAGCAGCCGCUGCUGUGCCCCCUCCAGCACCGCCCCUGCCAUGAACUGCCGCGCCGAGGUGCUGGAGGUGUCGGUGGAGGGGCGGCAGGUGGAGGAGGCCAUGCUGGCCGUGCUGCACACCAUCCUGCUGCACCGCAGCACCGGCAAGUUCCACUACAAGAAGGAGGGAACCUACUCCAUCGGCACCGUGGGCACCCAGGACGUGGACUGCGACUUCAUCGACUUCGCCUACGUCCGUGUCUCCUCCGAGGAGCUCGACCGGGCCCUCCGCAAGGCUGUCGGGGAGUUCAAGGAUGCGCUGCGCGGCUCCGGCUCCGACGGGAUGGGGCAGAUCUCCCUGGAGUUCUACCAGAAGAAGAAGUCACGGUGGCCCUUCUCGGACGAGUGUAUCCCCUGGGAGCUCUGGACCAUCAAGGUGAACGUGGUGAACCUGGCAAACGAGCAGGAGCGGCAGAUCUGCCGUGAGAAGGUGGGUGAGAAGCUCUGCGAGAAGAUCAUCAACAUCGUGGAGGUGAUGAACCGCCACGAGUACCUGCCCAAGAUGCCCACCCAGUCCGAGGUGGACAAUGUGUUUGACACCAGCCUGAAGGACGUGCAGCCCUACCUGUACAAGAUCUCCUACCAGAUCACGGACUCCCUGGGCACCUCAGUCACCACCACCAUGCGCCGCCUCAUCAAGGACACGCUGGCGCUGUAGGGCUGGUAUCACCCAGGCAGGGUCACCGUGGGCCGUGGCACUUUCGGGACAGUGACUCUGCUUGGAUCCCCUCCUUCACCUCCAGAAAGCCUCUGGGAGGAGCUUGGCUUGGCUUGGCCUAGCCUGUAAUUUGGGGUUGCUGCUCCUUGGUUUAUGCCGUGGGGUUUGUCCAUCCUGGAGAACUGGCUCAGUGGCUCCAGCCUGGCUGAUGACCGGGGUGAGUCCUCAGGGCACGUGUGGCACCAGCUCCGCGUGGUGCUGGGGCCUGGCAGAGGGUGCUGGGGGUGACACCUGAACCUCACCCCUCUGCAGCACACUUGGUGCCACACAGACAGUGCUGGCCGUGUCCCUUAUCACCACCUCUCCCCCAGUGUCACCCCUGUCCCUGGGGGCCCAGAGCUGCCCCAAAAAUAAAGUGUUUCUGCUUACA